UGGCGGAGUUGAGCUAGUGAAAACCCCAAACCUGCAUUGCCACGCGGAUCCUGGGGUCCGUGCGUGACACACGCGUCUGCCUCUAGGUGGUUGCUUUGGCCUCUCGGCUGGGCUCACGGAGUGAGAGCCUUCAAAGUCCAGGUCGCCACGGAAGAGGCGCCAGAGGAGUGGUCCCCGCUGUGCAGAGGUGCCUCCGAAGCUUGACCGCAUCGGGCUGGAUCGGGGCCUCAGAGCCUCGCAGCCUCCACUCAGCCCACAGGGCCUGCUGGAGGCCGGCCGCCCCGAGGCUCCCAGCUGAGGAUAUGAACUUUGUGGACGUGGCCAUUGCCUUCUCCCAGGAGGAGUGGGGGCUCCUUGAUGAGGCUCAGAGACUUCUGUACUGCGAUGUGAUGUGGGAAAUCUUCAACCUUGUAACAUCUGUUGGUUGUUUGCAUAAAAUGGAAGGCGAUGAGACCCCUUCUGAGCAGAGUGUAUCUAUAGAUGGAGAAUCACAGGUCAGUUCUUCUAAGACAGCGCCUGCAACUCAGAAGACCCAUCCCUGUGAGCAGUGUGUCUCAGUCUUGAAAGCUAUUUUGCACCUGACUGAGUUUCAUGCAGCAUACCUUGAGCAGAAAGCAUUCUUCAGUGAUGCGUGUGUGAGAGGCUUCUGUUUCAAUGCCAAGCUUCAGCAGCAACAGAAACCUGCCAGUGGAGAGAAGCUCCUGAAAGGAGAUAUGGACAGGGCCUCGUUUGUGACAAGGUGCAGGUACUACGUGCCAAGGGCACUUUUCACCCAUGGGGAUAUUGGGGAAGACCUCCAAGCCAUCUCUGGCCUUCUCCAGCACCAAAUCACUCCUAACAGUGGAGAGCCACCCAGUGGUGGGCAGGGCUUUCACAGCAGAAAAAGUCAUCCCCAGUUGGGCGAAUGUAAAAAAGCUGCCAGCCGCAACCACAAACUUGUUCAAUGUCAGGGUGUCUGCUCUGGAGAAAGUCUUUAUGAGUGUAGCAACUGUGGGAAAGCAUUUGGACAAAUCUUUAACCUCAUUCAACAUAGAAGAGUUCACACUGGAGAAAAGCCAUAUGAGUGCAGUGUUUGUGGAAAAUGCUUUAACCGCAACUUUUUCCUUCUUCGACAUCAGAGUGUUCACACUGGAGAAAAGCCAUAUGAGUGCAGUGAUUGUGGGAAGUCUUUCAGCCAAAGGUCUAACCUCAUUCAACAUCAGAGAGUGCAUACUGGAGAAAGGCCGUAUGAGUGUACUAAUUGUGGAAAGUUCUUCAGCCAAAGCUCUACCCUCAUUCAACACCAGAAAAUUCAUACUGGAGAAAAGCCGUAUGAGUGCAGUGAUUGUGGGAAAUCUUUUAGACUACGCUCUCACCUUAUUCAACACCGUCGAGUUCAUUCUGGUGAAAGGCCUUAUGACUGUGGUGAAUGUGGGAAAUCUUUUAGCGAUACCUCUAGCCUCAGUAGACACCAGAGAAUUCAUACUGGCGAAAAGCCACAUGAGUGUAGUGCUUGUGGGAAGUUCUUCACCCAAAGAUCUGCCCUCAUUCAGCACCAGAUAAUUCAUACUGGAGAAAAGCCUUAUGAAUGUAAUGAAUGUGGAAAAUCCUUUAGAAAACGCUGUGAGCUUAUUCAACACCGUCCAGUUCAUUCUGGUGAAAAGCCUUAUGAGUGUGGUGAAUGUGGGAAGUUUUUUAGCAUUUACUCCAGCCUCUUUAGACACCAGAGAAUUCACACUGGAGAAAAGCCAUAUGAGUGUAGUGAAUGUGGGAAAUCCUUUGCACAACGCUCUUAUCUUAUUCAACACUGUCGAGUACAUUCUGGAGAAAAGCCUUAUGAGUGUGGUAAAUGUGGGAAAUACUUUAGCUAUACCUCUAACCUCAUUCAACAUCAGAGAGUUCACAGUGGAGAAAAUCUUUAAAUGUGCUGGAAAUUUUUUUUUUCACUUACUGUAAGAACACUGGAGGAGAUGUUUUGAGAGCCACUUACCUAAAUUGCAAUGUUUUAGUGAAACAUUCAUACACUGUUCUAGAUUGCUCUUAGUUUUCAGGUACAAGCAAGGCUCAAAGCAGCUUUGUGGCACUUUGUAACCUGCCCAGGGCUAUUACCAGAUGACGUCAUUGCCAGUUUUUGUGGCUGAAGCCAUUUCAUCUCUACCACCUGGCUCACCUACAUAUGUUUGUCAGUCACAACCCCAGUGUUCUCAGAGAUGACCUCUGUUCUCCCUUUUGCUUGAGAAAAUAGUGAAUACUCUGAUCCUGUGGUGAGAUCCUUAUUUUUUCCUGUUUGAGUAGGGAAUGGCCCUGACCCCAAUGUGGGUCCAACAGACCCAUUUUUGGCUAACAAGGACUACUUCUUCCAGGGUCAUUGUUGUUCUCAUGUUAUACUGUGAUGAAUCUUUUAGGUUCUAAUUCAUGAAUAUGGAACCUGCUCACUGUACACUGCUCUGUUUAUGAUCUUUUUAUAAAGGUCUUUUUACUUUAGUACCUUUAAUGUUUGUGGUUCAGUUCACUACGUAAGAUUGUUUGAAAGCAGAAUUGUGAUCUGUCAACAUGUGGAGGUGAACAGAUUUUGUGGGGAUCCCAGACUCACUAUGCUUCAGCAUAACAGCAUUAUGGCAAAAAAUUGCUGUUCAAUAUUGAUUUAUUUUGUAUUGCUUCCCAAGGCAUUGAAAGAAAGACUGCAUGACUUUGUCCUAAUUUGCAUCCUGAUGCCCAGGUUAUUGGAGAGGUCAAAGGUCACUCAGAAGAGGCUUUUGUGCCUCUGUGAACAAUAUGAGUUACAUUUCUUUGCUCACCAUAUAUAUUAUGUAAUUUUCAGCAAUGAUGUGGAGACCUCCUCCCCAGGUCCUACAAAUGAGCCAUGUGUCAAUUAUGUAUGAAAUUUCAUACAUGGGUUGGUGUCAUUUGCUGUAAGACUCUGAGUGUUAGGUGGAAACACAACUGAGACAGAAAGACUGUAUUAAUAGUGAGUAGGAGAGACUGCAGUAAAUUAGAUAGAAGUUGCCUCUUCUGAAAAUUCAUCCACAGAUGUUCCAGGGACUGGUUUAUGUGAUCUCUUUAUACAGGCAUUCUGAGAACCUCCAUAACUGUUUCCCCUAGCUUAGGUCAUUGGCAGAGAAGAUAAUCUAAUGGUCUGUGGUCUUCCCCUAUCCUCUCUAGGGUGCUUGCUUCAAGGCCGUUGCUGUACAGGCAAGAAAACAAAGCUAGAGAGAAGGACAAUCCUGUACUCAGUCCUAAGAUGUGUGCCUUGUGACCCAGUCAUCAUUCCUGAUGAUUGGAUGGCAACAGUCAUCACUGUUUGCCAGUAUUUGCUGCCACUGAGGCAAGGCUGCCACUCCUUGGACAUGAGGAGAGAGGUGGUAGAGUUCACAUAGUGUUGCCAAUCUAAUUUUCUAAGAAAAGGGGGAUAUCUGGGUCAUUAAUAGGAACCACUUUUUAAAGCUUUAUGCAGGUAUAUGUAUAAUUGACAUGCAACAAAGUGCACUUAUCUGAUGUGGACUGUUUGGUGAGCUUUGCCAUACUCAUAAAGCUGUGAAACUGUCACACUUGACAAGGAACUUAUCUGUCACCCAUAAAAGUAGUUGUACAGUUUUGAGUACACAAAACAGAGUUUAUUCUUUUUUUUCCUCACCUACCCAUUAUACUUGCUACUUUACUUUCCUCUGAAAAACAUACAGUGUUAUUUGGAGAAAUACAGAAUUAGUUGUCGGGAGUUGCUUUUGGAGAAUGAUCCACAAGUGCCUUAUCUGUAGUCAGAUAUUGAUACAGGGAUCACCUCUGGCACAUUAAUCUUCAUACUUCCAGCUCUGUUAACUGUGAUUCAGCUUUUUAUUUUUGCUUCAUUUUGAAGGAUAGUCAUUGCUUUUUUGUAAUUCCUUUGAGGAUUGAAAAGUGGCCUUAACAAGUUUGUGAUAGAGACUGGGUAUAGUACUUCAGUUCCUUGUGAUAUUUUGCCUCCUGGCAUGCCCCUUUGGGGUAUCCCUUCAACCUGAAGGUGCCCUGUAAAUCCUCUCCUUCCCAGAUGAUGGACCCUGUAUUAGUCUGCUCGGGCUGCCAUAACAAAGUGCUUCACACUGGGCAGCUUAAACAACAGAGACCUAUUUUCAUAUACUUGGAGGCUAGAAGUCAGGCCAAGAUGUCAGCAGAGUUGGAUUCUCCUGAGGCCUCUCUCCUUGGCUUGCAGAUGGCCAUCUUCUCUGUCCUCAUAUGGCCUUUUGUGUGUGUGUGUGUGUCGGACCUAACCUCUUCUUGUAAGGACACCAGCCUACCCUAUUGAUUAUUACCUUCAAAAGACCCUGUUUUCAAGUACAUUCUGAGGCAGUGGGGUUAGGACUUCAGUAUAUGGAUUUAUGCCAUGCAGUGCAGCCCAUAACAGUCCCCAGGCAUCUUUUCAUUAAGGAGCUCUCUGGAGGAUUAUCUCAUUUAACACCCCUGAAAUUAUCUAGCAAGGGAAUUAUUUAUGUCUACUUCUCAAAGGAGAGAUCUGCAGCUCAGAGAGGGUACUCAGCUGCAAGUGUGAGCUGGGAAAGAUUUAUUGGACAAGCUGUGGGUCAGCUCACUUUGUUCCCUUGCAUCCUGUCCCUGAGGGAAACAGCAGACUCCAGCCAGAAGCCCAGAUUCCUUUCCUGUGAUGUGGGACCAUGUAGAAACAACACCCUAAAAUCACCCAAGGCCCCAGGGCCCCUCCCACACACCUGCUGCACCUUCCCUGCAAACUCCUGCCCUCUUGUCCUCAUGGAAGGCUUCACCAAAAAAAUAGUAAACAACCAAUACAAAAUAAAGACAAGAGGUUUAAUUCUCUGCUGAAAAUGGAAAGGAGAUUUUCUUCCCUUUCCUUGUCUUAGAGCAUUUGCCUUCUUCGAAACCUGUAAGUACUUUUCCAUCUCUAAAGUGUUCACCAUUGCGCUGGCAUCCCACACAGGGUCAUCAGUGUCACUCCAAACAACACUGGCCCUCACCAUUACAUAGAGUGAUUUGUGUUUAGAUCCUGUUGGUCUUCUAAUAUCACUGCAGGGUGCCCCCUCCCAUCAGUGCCUCAGAACUAAGUGUCGCCCAGUAAUUACUGUCACUUUGGUGGACAUUGAAGACAUGCUGAAAGACUGAAGAAAGCUCAGUCUCUUUUUUCCACCCACCCCACAACAGGUGAUCUUAGCCCUCCCUGACUGUUCCUCCCCAGCCUUCUAGCUAAAAUGCAAAUCAAUGACUGACAAAGUGAAUCCCUAAGAACCUUCCCUUUCCCCCCUAGAAAACUAGACCAACCACUCCCUAACCUGGGUAGUAGAGCAGGAUGGUCGCAUUCUACAACCUGCACCUCUCACACAGGACAUGACAGCAUCUCACACCUGUCACACUGUCCCCAUGGUGUAUGUGAAGUGACCAGGCUGUGCUGAGUAUCAGUAUCAGAACUUUCGCACAGGGUCCCCAUCCAAUCUGAUACCUGACAUGUCUGUUUCCAGGCUGUGCUGCUGUAUACUUGCAAAACAGUCACGAGGUUUGUGUUUCCAGACGUGUCGCAUAGAAAUGACUUAUACUUGGGGAAAAAAUAGUAAACAACCAAUACAAAAUAAAGACAAAAGGUUUAAUUCUCUGCUGAAAAUGGAAAGGUGGUUUUCUUCCCUUUCCUUGUCUUAGAGCAUUUGCCUUCUUUGAAACCUGUAAGUACUUUUCCAUCUCUAAAGUGUGCGCCUUUGAAGGCCAGCUGAGCCUUUUGUUCAGGCUCCCAGUCCCUGUGAAGGAAGGAGGCUAAGCUCGGGGGCACUUUGUCUGUUUGUAAAGCUACCUCCUGUUUAUGUGUUCUAUCUCUCUCGAUACAGUGUUUUUCACUUGUUUUUAUCUUAAAAGCUUAUAGUAUGCAUAUCAGCUUGGUUACAUAGAGCAGUGGUCCCCAAGCUUUUUGGCACCAGAGACCAGUUUCAUGAAAGACAGGGUGGAGGGUUGGGGGUUACCCGGAGGUGAGAGGGAGCUCAGGUGAGCUUUGCCCGCUUUGGAUGAGAGGAGGUGGGAGGGAGACAGGAGGCAGAUUUCAGGCCAGCUUUAAUCCGGUGGUUCCUAACAGGUCGCAGACCGGCAGCAGCCCAUGGCCCCUGAUAUAGGGGAAUGAGAGUUGUUGUUGUUUUUUUUAAUUUUUUCUAUUUUUGUACUUUCUUAGCAGAGUACCUGCAAUGGACAUCUCAUUCUGGCUUAAUGCUUAUUUAAUAGUAAAGUGUUUCCUGUCUGUACUGUGAGAGAAUGUCUGGGCUGGGAAAAUAUUUUAUUUUCCCAACAGUUAUCAUCACACACCUGCCUGUAGAAACCAAACGUCCCACUCAUCUCAUCAGUAUUUAGUGUACAGGAAACAUGUGCAAGGAUGAUCACUUAAACAAUACCAGACAAUAAACCUUGUCUAAGAAGUGGCUAAUUGUAAUGUGCAAAUGUGUCAGCAAUUUCAGCAAAUAAUUAGAAUGGUAUUUGGAAUGAUAGGAUAAGAAACUUUUGAGACAGCUACUCAACCUCUCAUGUACU